AUGGCGGCCGGUACCGAAAUCCUCGAACUGCCUUUCCGCAAGAGUCAUUCGGUCGACCUCUCCUCCGCCAUCAAAUCGUACAUCUCCAAACACUACGAUCAGUCACCCUCCACGUUCGCCGAAGACUUGCGCGCAAUAGAUCAAUUACGUGACGAUGCCAUACAUGUCAGGGAACCACACGCGUCCGGUGUUACGAAACUGCAGCGCUACGUCGCUCAGCUACAGUAUCUGUCGGGCAAGUUUCCAAUCGACAUCGGCGUCGAAUUCCCUUGGUAUCCUUCCAUAGGAUACAACAUUCAGAAGCCGGUUCUGCAAAACAAUCUCAGAUUUGAGUUGGCUAAUGUCUUGUUCAAUCUGGCAGCCCUAUACACACAACUAGCCUUCGCGGUGAAUCGCACUAGUUCAGAUGGGUUGAAGCAGGCUGCAGGAUAUGGCAUGUCUGCCGCAGGCACUUUGGCCUUCCUGCGGACAAGCAUUAUACCGGACAUGCGGGGAGCGCCCCCAGAAGACAUGGACAACUUCACACUGGAAAGCCUCGAGCAACUAUUCCUAGCCCAAGCACAGGAAGCCUACUGGCUGAAAGCGGCCAAGGAUGGAAUGAAGGACGCCACCGUCGCGAAGCUGGCGGCCAAGGUCUCGGACUACUAUAACACUGCCGGCGAUCUAGCCAUCAAGUCAGAUGCCGUAUCUACAGAGUGGAUCCAUCACCUGCAGGCAAAGCAUCACCACUUUGCCGCCGCGGCCCAAUACAGACAAUCGCGCGACUGCCUGGAGAAGCGCAAGUACGGAGAGGAAGUUGCAAGACUUCAAGACAGCAUCAGAUGUGUCGAUGAAGGGCUUAAAGAGGGCAAGUGGAUCAACAAGGUCGUUCUGUCAGAUCUUCAAGGCCUCAAGCAGAGAGUUGCCGAGGACCUGAAGAGAGCGGAGAAAGACAACGAUGUCAUCUACCUCUUGCCGGUCCCUUCCAAGGCAGAGCUCGAAUACCUGCAACGAGCCAACAUGGUGUCAUCAAAGACGCCAAAAGAAGUGGCCGAAGGUAUCUCACUACUUGGUCCCAAUCGGCCGUUCGGAAACCCUUUGUUUGAGAAGCUGGUUCCAUACGCCGUACACCAGGCCGCGUCAAUAUACGCAGAUCGGCGAGAUCGUCUGGUCAACCAGUCCAUCAUUGCCGACAUCGAUAUCAUGAACGGCAAUAUCCGCGAUACCUUGCAGUCCCUGAAUCUUCCAGGCUCAUUACAAGCACUGGAGAAACCGCUGGGUCUUCCACCUUCACUGAUCUCCAAAGCAGAAGAACUGCGUCAACAAGACGCACUUCAGCGGCUAAAGCGGUCACAUGAGGACACGCACAGAAUCAAGACCAAUGAUCUGACCGUAUACCAAGAAGGCCUUUCGCUACUAGAGGCAGAAAGACAGGAAGAUGACCGGGCGCGUGAGCGGUUUGGUACCGAGCGGUGGACACGACCACCGUCUACUGUGGCUCUUGCGCGGCAGUAUCAAUCGUCAACUGAACUGCAGAAUUACCUCAAUUCUGCUGCCUCGUCAGACAAUCUAGUGCAAGGAAAGAUCCGUGAUAACGAGCACAUUCUCCGCAUCAUGACCGGCACCGAUCGCGAUAUUGAAGCAUACGUUCCCUCAUCUCGGAAUGUCACGCUGACGCCCAGCAUCGAGUCCGCCGCCACCACUCUCCGCUCUGUCCUCAACGAAAUCUCCCGACUAGAAAAUCGCCGCAAACGAAAGGUCGAAGCGCUCAAGUCGAAGGCGGCCAACGAUGACAUAAACGCUGCCCUACUAGCUGAAGCCGCCCGUCUCGAGCGCGAGUAUCCGAUGCAGCCCAUCUCCGCGGCACAAUUUGAACCUCUUUUCGAGGCACGCCUUGAAACCUAUGAGUCCGACCGGAAGAGCCUCGAAGAUGAGCAAGAAGAGCAAGACGCGCUACUCUCCCGCUUACGCGAGGCUAACAGCGCUCUUAACAGUGCUCGACAGCGGGAGGCUAGCUCGUCUUCAGGUCCGCUGAAGGCACGAGAGAGUGCUCUACAGGAGCUCGAGACCGCGUAUGUGAAAUACAAAGAGAUCAUCAACAACCUGGACACGGGGCGCAAGUUCUACAACGACCUCGCCAGCCAUGUCAACCGCUUCCGUGACCAAUGCCAGAAGCAGGUGGCCGCGCGGCGCGUGGAAAAGAGCGAGAUGGAGGCCGAGCUCGUUAGCGGUGAAGUUGGCCGACUGCGUCUCGAGGAGACACGGCGUGAGCUGCGCAGCGAGCGCGCGAGACAGCAGAAGCAGGAUGGUGGUGCCUCUGGUGGUGCCGGCGCCGGGAAGGCCAACGUCAAUGCGACAAAGGAUGCGAUGCAUGCCCCAACGCCCACACACCCGCCCAAUACACCUGCGGUAGCGAACACAAGGAGUCCCAUGCCGCCACAGGGAGUGAUGGGAGGUGCUCCGGGUGGUGGUGGUGCGGUGUGGACACCAGAUAUGGGUAUCCGCUUUGGCGGUCCGCCGAGUCAGGCGGCUGGUGCCGCGGGCUACCCACAGCCACGGCGGCCGGGGUCGGGGAAUACUCCCUUCACAUAG